AUGUCCGCUGCACUGAGCAAUACAUCGGAUCAAUAUAUGAUUCUUAACACCAACUCCACCACAAUUUCAGAUCGAUUCUCGUUUUCUUUCAAGGAUCGGAUUGAUUAUUGUAUCAUUCGUAUUGAAACAAUCCAGACGACAAUCAAUGAUUGGAUUGAACGUGGAAAUAACGAGAACGCUCAUGUCAAUCGCUUGAUGUACAGUUGCAGGGAUCUGAUCAACUUGCUGUACAGAAUCACUCUUAUUCAAGAUGAUAUUUCGGUAGUUUUAGAGGUCGAGCAGUCUGUGAGAGACAUUGAAGAUAUGCUCAAUUUUGUCAAACCUCACAAUUGCACAUGCCAAAAUCUCUUCUAA